GGAGUUUGUCUGAAAGACUCUAAAGUGUCUCGUUUCUGCCCUUCCCGUCAGACGUCCACAUUUUUAAACUUUAACUGAUUGCAUCUGCGGGGACAGGCCGCUCCAUCAGAUGCACUCGUGUUAAUGAAGCUUUGAAAUUCAUGCAGGCUCUCUGCCAAACUCCUACAGCGGGUCUGACGUCCGUAGAAGUCAUAGAAAACGUGUUUUUUCACGCUCUGCUGCACAGCAUGCAAAGAACCGACGCAUUUCUGCGGACCUUUGCUCCAGUUGGUCCCGUUUAAAAGCCCCACUGUGCAGGAGUUGAAGUGGUCAGAGUGAAGACAGGGGGGGGGCCCAGCAUACAGAUCAGCUGUCCGGAGCAGAACUCAUGGCCACGUUUGACGACAUCCUGGAGGAGGCCGGGAAGUUCGGCCGCUGCCAGAAGCGGAUCUUCGCCCUGCUGUGCAUGGUGUCCAUGCCGUGGGCCGGCGUCUACGUGGGCAUCGUCUUCCAGGGCUUCACCCCGGACCACUGGUGCCGGGACCCCGCCGCAGUGGAGAGGAGGGAGGCCUGCGGAUGGAGCCUGGAGGAGAGCCGCAGGCUGACGGCGCCGCCGGUCAACGUCUCGGGAGUCGUGCAGCACAGCAGCUGUGUGCGCUACGAGGUGGACUGGAACGCGACAGAACCCGGCUGCCAGCCACAGGAGCCGGACCGGAGCAGAACCCCCACCGUCCGGUGCGCCGAGGGCUGGGAGUACGACUACGCGGGGAGGCAGUCCUUCGUCACGGAGUUUGACCUGGUGUGCUCAGACGGAUGGCUGGUGGACAUGUAUCAGGCCACUCUCAACGUGGGCUUCCUGGUCGGCAGCAUCGCCAUCGGCUACCUGGCCGACAGGUUCGGCAGGAAGUUGAGCUUCCUCAUGUCCAACGUGCUGAACGGCAUCGCCGGCAUCCUGGUGGCGGUGGCUCCCAACUACGUCUCGCUGCUGGUUUUCAGGACGCUGUACGGCUUCGGCGUGAAGGGAGGAUGGGUGGCGGGAUACGUCCUGAUCACGGAGCUCGUUGGGGUGGAGUACAGACGGACGGUGGGAGUUAUUUACCAGAUGUUCUUCAGCGUCGGCAUCCUCAUCCUCCCGCUGCUCGCCUACUUCAUCACGGACUGGCGCUGGCUGCAGGUCGUCAUCACCGUCCCCUACAUCCUCUUCCUGUCCUACUACUGGUUCAUCCCUGAAUCUCCUCGAUGGCUCCUGUCUCAGAACCAGAAGUCCAAAGCUGUGAAGAUCACCAAAGACAUGGCGAAGGAAAACAAGAAGACUCUGACCAAGAUGAUUGAGACUCUGUCAGACGAUAACGCCGAUUCCUCCACCGCCUCCUUUAUGGACCUGGUCAGGACGCCGAAAAUGAGGAAACACACUUUUAUUCUCAGCUACAACUGGUUCACCAGUGCAGUCGUCUACCAGGGUUUAAUCAUGCGGCUGGGGAUCCUGGGAGGAAACGUCUACAUCGACUUCCUCAUCUCCGGCCUGGUGGAGUUCCCCGCCGCCUUCCUCAUCCUCUUCACCAUCGAGCGGAUCGGCCGCCGCCUCCCAUUCGCCGCCGCCAACAUCGUGGCCGGAGCCUCGUGCUUCAUCACGGCCUUUAUUCCCGACAGUAUGUUCUGGUUUAAGACCGUGGUGGCCUGCAUUGGUCGGCUGGGGAUCACCAUGUCCUUUGAGAUGGUGGUUUUUGUAAACACUGAGCUCUAUCCAACGUUUGUCCGGAACUUUGGAGUGUCCGUUUGUUCCACCCUGUGUGACGUUGGAGGGAUUGUAGCUCCUUUCCUGCUCUACAGACUGGCCGUCAUCUGGCUUGAGCUGCCACUCAUCAUUUUUGGAUGUUUGGCCUUCCUGGCAGGUGGAUUGGUUCUCCUGCUUCCAGAAACCAGAGGUGUGCCGCUGCCUGACACCAUCGAUGAUAUCGAGUUCCCUGAAAGAGCGAAGGAAAACAUGAGGAUGGAGAGCCAGCAGCAGGCCACCCUGCUGCCCGACGGCGACGUGUGGCCCUGCAAAGACCCAGCAGCUGUUUGAUUUAUUUAUUUCUGUUAAUAAACUGCGUUGCUUUCGGAUGUAUUAAAAAUCUACUAUCUUAUUUUUCUAUACAAACAUUUCCACAGAAUUUAGAGUUCAUAUUAAUCUACCUUUAUUAUCAUUAUUCUCUGCAGUUGGAGAAGAUUAAUAAACUGUAUGAGUUUUAUUCCAAAUAAACUGGAGUGUACAGUG